UGACAGCAUAUGACUUGAACUCAAAGGGGAGCAAUUUUAACGUCACCACAUGGUACAAUUCUACAUACAAGAACGAUUCAGGCAAUGUUCCUACUCCCACGUUCGGUGAAUCUGGUUGUAGAUUUCACUUGGGUAGCUUUCUGUUUUAGCGUUGGUUGAAGGAUUUUUGGAGUUUGGGUUCUCAUCAUUGUGUCAAAAUGGGGGUUGAUAGUAGUUCUUGUUAGCCCAGCUGAGAUUAUUUCUGCAAUCCCUUUAAACAUCGAUUAGAAUUUAGAAGCAUUUUUUUUGGGUGGUUUAACUUUUGAGUAGUCUUUUGACAUGUCUGUGUCAAAUCCAAGCCAAGAUGAUGUUGGGAAGAGAAACCUUCCUUCAUGGAUGAAUAAGGAUGAAUCUGUAAAGAAACCAACUGGGGUUGGUGGAAGCGAGGAAAGUAGUGAAAGUGAGAGAUCAAAACAAGUCAAAGGACAUAGUAAGAGAGGUUCGGGUGCCAAUGACAUGGAGACCAACAAGAAAUCUUCUGCAUCGAGUUCUGGAACUGGAAACUUCUCCAAUCUUCUGGACGGGGUAGUGUUUGUGCUAUCUGGGUUUGUCAAUCCUGAGCGUAGCAUUUUGCGAUCACAGGCUUUGGAGAUGGGAGCUGAGUACCGACCUGACUGGAACUCAGGUUGCACACUCUUAGUUUGUGCAUUUUCUAAUACCCCGAAGUUUCGACAAGUUCAGGCUGAUUGUGGGACUAUUGUUUCAAAGGAAUGGAUAUCGGAAUGUCAUUCACAGAAGAAACUUGUUGACAUUGAUAGUUACCUGAUGCAUGCUGGGAAACCAUGGCGUAGAAGCAGUGUUGUGCAUGAAGCCAGUAAUGAAUCAAAAGAAUCCCCACCUAGAAGAUCUCAGAAGAAAGAUGGAGGAUCACACUCUAAAGCAACUGCAUCAGCUGUUUUGAAGAACAAGGAUUCUAAUAGUGCGAAAGCGCACUUAUCUCCUUCCAAACUGAAGAAUUGGGCAGUUGAUGAUUUGGACAAUACGAUUUCCUGGCUGGAGAGUCAAGAAGAAAAACCAGAGCCUAGUGAGAUAAAGAAAAUAGCAGCUGAAGGGAUUUUAACUUGUUUGCAAGAUGCCAUUGAUGCUCUUGAACAAAAGCAGGAGGUAGGGAAAAUAACUGAAGAAUGGAAAUUCGUCCCUCGUGUGGUGAAAGAGCUAGCAAAACUAGAGGAAAUGGGAGACAAUGGCGCCUUGAUAUCAAAGGAAGAUCUUCGCAGGCAAGCUGUGGAGUGCAAAAGGGCUUAUGAGAUGGAAUUUGGUAGUUUAGAAGAUGAUGAGAAGAAGAAAAAGCCCAAGACUAAUGAACAAAAGAGAGGCGAAAGAGGGACUGGGUAUGACAGUGAUGAAACUAUAGAGAUGACACCAGAGGAGAUAGAUCUUGCAUACAAUACUGUAUCUUCUAAGCUCCAUAAAUACUAACUCAGUUACUGGACUGUCUCUUCUUGAGGAAGAAAGUCUGUACUUUUGCUCAAAUUACCUUGUCGUUUUUUAAUUUUUUGAAUGAAUAUAUUGUCGUUUUCUUACCCUUGAAACUUUUGGCAAGGAUAAGGCUAAACACCAUGUCCAUUGCAUCAAAACUACACGUCUUUCUCAUUGAAUGAUUACCAAAUUUAAGACUAAUAUCAUUCUUUUACUUAUUAUUAUUA